AUGGAAGAAAAAUCCGGAGAAUCGUUCGAUAACCUUCCACCCGGCUACAGAUUUGAACCCUAUACAAAAGAACUAAUUAAUCAUUAUCUCAAACCCAAGAUCAAUGGCUUUGAUUUGCCUAUGAAUCCCAUACAUGAAGUUGACAAUAUCAAUGUCUAUGGUCCUGAACAUCUCACUGGAAAAGGAAAAAGUAUAAGUUGGUAUUUUUUCACAUCACGGAAUAGAAAAUACCAGAACGGCAGUCGUCCUGAUAGAAAAGCCGGUGAUGGAUUUUGGAAGGCUACCGGAAAAGACCACCCAAUCAUAGAUGAUGAUGGUACGUUGAUCGAACACCAAAGGUCUUUAGUGUAUUUCAAAGGAAAACCUAACAAUAACAAAAAGGAUAAGAAAGAGAAUAAUAAUGAGAAGACGCAAUGGCAUAUGCUGGAGUUACGAGUCGCUGAUCAACCCAAAUUAAUGUCUAAGAGGAAACGAGAUCAUCCACAAGAAACCAAUAAUAGUAUGAGGUUGGAUUAUGUGCUAUGUAGAAUCUACUACCAUGAAGGAGCCAAAAAAGAAAUACAAGAUGCACAAGUUGCAAAAGAAAAUAAAGAAGUAGUAGAAUCUAAUGUGGAGGAAAACAUCAAUAGCCACGAGCAAGAAAUUAACAAUGAACAACUCUCCAACAGUAGCUCGAACACCUUCUCUGUCACCAACAACAGUUACCAUUCUGUAGGUUAUGAUUACGAGUUGGUUAACCGCAGCAGCCUCAUCUGCUACGAUAAUAUUGAUGGCUUGGUUGACAACAACAACCUCAUCAGCUACGACAAUAAUGAUGGCUUGGUUAACAGCAACAACCUCAUCAGCUACAACGAUGAUGGCUUGAAUAACUCCAUCUAUGGUGAUCUUCAGGAUCUCGUGCCGGAUUUUGAUAGUUUAUAUGACGAGAUAAUGACCGAAGUAUUAAUCGACCAAAUAGAUUUCACAAAUUGA